AUGCCACCUAGCUUGGCAUUGCUCUCAUCCCUCCAUAUACCCCACGAAUUCUCCGGCUACGAGAAAUUAGAAGACGAACAGAUCAUACAAAGGCUACAGAGAUGGAAAUGUGACGCGUCUCAGGUCCUUUUUGAGCUCAAAACAUUGCUCAACCAACGUGAUGAAAAUCUUUCUCUGGAGGAUCAGGCUGAAAUUGUCGUGUCCAUUGUACCUUUCGGCCGCGAGGAUCCAUGGGUUGUGCCAACGGCGCGUGAGACUUCGACGGAUAUCCUACAACGUUUUCGAGAGCCAGAUAUACAUUUACUGAAGCGAAUCCUGACGUACAAUGUGAAACCACUCUUCCUAUCGACACCUCACCCGUCCUUGAACCUUUCUACUGGUCGUAGACUGCCUCGUCUUGCAGGGGGUUCUAUGGCUUCUCAGGACUAUUACGAAGAGCAAACAUGGAAAGAACAUCCCGAGACGGCGAGCCUUGUAUCUUUCGUAGUAACGAAUAUCAGGAGCGAGGAUUAUGAGGACUUAUGGCAUCUUGUCAUACCCUCGGUGAUGUCCCUCCUCGAUGACUAUGAAGUUCGCUACAAGAUCAAAGGGGUGCGAAUAGUCUCCGAAAUGUUACAAAAAGUCCCAAAGGCGCUGUUAAAGCGCACUGGAAUCGAUGGGCUAUUACUGUCGCCUUCCAUUCAGUCUCUGAACAAUUGCUUGGGGCACUUGAAAGAUCCAGAGUCUCCCGAACUUGUACGGGCCGCUAUUUCCGCGACCUUGUCGUUGAUAUUGCUCACUACCGAACAUGGGACUGCGCAGCGGUUUGAUCAGUUGUGUGCAUUGUUGGGUGAUGGCAUAAUCGGAACAGCCUGGUUAUACGCGUCUGACAGCUGUGAGGUGAUCUUAGCUACGAUUGAAGCACUUCCACCUUUGUUGAAGGCAUUAGGCAUCGGCAUCGCACGUUAUCUAAAGGCUCUUAUCCCACAACUUGUACACCCUCUUUACCCGAAUUCUGUGAGACCGACCCCCGUUGUAUUGCAGAAGCAUUCGUUGAUUGCUCUUGUGACUGUCAUUAACGAAUGUUCCCCGAGAAUCGGCAGAUGGAAAGGAACGAUCUUAGAUGGUGUUGGAAGAUGUUGGGUGGCGCUUCAAGAUGUUGAUCCCAACAGAAAUGAUGAAGGUGCUUGUGAAGAGUUGAAGGAGCAGCUCCGUAGCACAUGUCUGCAGCUCGCGAAUGCGUGUCCUUCGAUCAUCCAGGGCGAAUACGAACGGUUCCUCGCUGUUAAUCACGAGAUGUUUUCUGACCUGUUGAAACCCGCUUUUGAAGGAGACCGGAAGGAGGACAAGGAAAGGGCUGUACAAUCACAUGGAAUAUCAUAG